AAAUAUAUUUGUUUUUAAUUUGAUUUUCUUUGGUAUAUAUGAAUGAAUAAGCUAGCUAGAUUUUCAUUACUCUAUAUAAUUAACUACUCACUCAUUUCAAUUCUCUUAAUAUGACGAUCAAAAUUGUGGUGCUUCUGUUUGUUCUAGCCACGUCUGAUCAUGUAUGGCGUACGAGCAGCAGUGUUGUUGAAGGUAGUGGAAAUUCUAAAGGUCUGUGCAUAGAGAAGGAGAAACAAGCUCUUCUCACCAUUAAACGAAGCCUUAUUGAUCCAAAGAAGCUUCUAUCCUCCUGGACCAGCGGCGGAACUGAUUGUUGCUCGUGGAAAGGAAUCAGGUGUGAUAACUUAACUCAUCAUAUUAUCAGUCUUGAUCUUAACUUUGAAUGCUUCGACAGUGAUGGUUUUCUUGAGUCGUGCUCUUUGGGAAGUGAAAUCAGUCCCUCCUUGGUUGAAUUGCGACAUUUGAGGCACUUAGAUCUUAGUAACAAUCAGUUCACUAAAAUUCCCAAAUUUAUUGGUUGCCUAAGUAGACUCGAAAAUCUCAGCCUUGCAAAAAAUCCCAUUACUGACACUAUCAGCUUUCAGCUAAGAAAUCUCACCAAACUUCAGUUUCUCGAUCUUGAUAUUGAUACAGCUGGUACGUUGAUCGUCAAUGAUCUUCAAUGGCUUUCUUAUCUCCCUUCUUUGAAAAUAUUUAGACUGAGUCACACAAAUUUCGACAAAGCUACAGAUUGGCUUCAUUCGCUUAAAAAAACUCCUGCUUUAUCCAGUUUACAAUUAGAUUCCUGUCUAUUCCCCCAAGUAGACAUCUCCUCUCAUUCCCAUGCAAAUUCUUCUAAUUCUCUCAAAGAUCUUGAUAUUUCAUCCAGUACCAUACACCCUACAACAAUUCCCUGGUUGUUAAAUAUGAGUACCAAUAUCGUUAAUCUCACGAUAAAAAAGAGUCAAAUACAAGGUGGUUUUCCAACCUCUUUGGAAAAUAUGCGAUCCCUUGCACGCAUUGACUUGUCAGUUAAUAAAUUUGAGGGUGGAAUAUCAAAAUCAUUGGGUAGUCUUUGCAAUCUUAAAGAAUUGAAUUUGGGUUUCAACAAACUUAAUACAACACUCCCUGAUAUUUUACAAAGUCUCAAUGGUUGUGCUAGAAGUUCAUUGGAAAAGUUGGAUUUGGGAUACAACAAAAUAAGAGGAUCCCUUCCUGAUUUUUCAAUGCUGCCUUAUCUUAGAUGGUUGGAUGUCUCUUACAAUAAACUUAAUGGUACUUUAACUGAAAGUACUAUUAUUGGUGAGCUCCAUCAUCUUGAGAGACUGUACAUGUCUUCAAACUCAUUCACUGGGCUUGUCUCCCAAGUCUUCUUUCAAAAUAAUUCCAAAUUGACAGUUCUUGAGUUAUUUGACAACUCCUUAACACUAAAUUUCACCUCCACCUGGAUUCCACCAUUUCAACUUGACAGAUUAUUAUUGAGAUCUUGCAAGUUAGGUCCACAUUUUACUACAUGGCUCAAAACUCAAGUAAACAUAUCCGAAAUUGACAUUUCUAACUCAGGAAUUCAAGAUGCUAUUCCUAAUUGGUUUUGCAAUCAAACCUUUCCAUUGGCUUUUGCAAAUCUCUCUUCUAAUCAAUUCCAUGGUGCUAUCCCACCAUCUCUGUCCAACGUGAUGAGCUUGUAUCUUUCCAACAAUGACAAACACGUUAGCUUAAGCUCAUUUCUUUGUGACCAAGCUCAAGGGAUAACAGCGGUUCUUGAAUUUAGUAAUAAUAUGGUAUUCGAAAGAAGUCUUCCUGAUUGUCGGUGGAAUUUGAAGAAUUUGGUUGUUCUCAAUUUAAAUAACAAUAAUUUUACCGGAGUGGUUCCAAGGUCAGUUGGCUUGUUAUAUGACCUCAACUUUUUAAUCUUGAGACAAAACAGCUUCUCGGGACAUUUGCCUUCAUCCACUACAAAAAAGCUUAGUUUUAGUCACAACAAAUUUUGUGACUAAAAAUAAAAAAAUUGUGACUAAGGAAAAAUCAUUAUACUUAUGUCAUCACUAAAAAGUCCGUGGCUAAAAGUAUUAGUUACAAAGAUCACAAUUUGUUGUCACUAAAUGUAUUUUUAGUCACAACAAAUUUUAUCACUAAAAAUAAUAGGUUGUGACUAAAGCUACAUUAGUGACAACUUGUGAUUAAGUAUGACUUUUUAGUCAUAAGUAAUAUUUUGUUGUUACUAAAAGUGACAUUUAGUCACACAAAAUAUAUGUUGUGACUAAAAAGUUGUCACUAAAGGUUACAUUUAUUUCACUACAAAAAAAGGAAGAUUUACCGUUAACACUAUACCGAGAACACGUUGUGGACCUCCUCUAACAAACGCAUGCCCUGGAGAUGAGUUACCAAAAAGUUCUGAUCAAGAUCGCUCAAGUGGUGAUGAAAGCAAUGGUGUAGAAUGGUUGGACAUGGCAUGGCUUCAUAUGGGAGUUUGGGUUGGGUUUGUAGUGGGAUUUGCUGGAGUAUGUGUUCAUUAUUUCAGGCUGAUCAACUCCUUCCUCAGAGUUUCCUAUUUCCAUUCCAUGAGCAACUCCGGAGAUUGGCUUUACAAAAAAUUUGUCUCAAAAUGACCCUGUUGAAGAGCAUGCUGUUCUCUAUUUAACAGAACAUCAACUGGCAUCUGGCCCCAUAUCACAAGGUGGAGUGUCUUCGUGGUUUCAAGAGCUUGAAGUUGAAGUACUAAGGGAUAUUCUGCUAUGAAGUUUAGCAAUUGAAUUAUGACUUAAAAAUGUUCCUCUUCUCUUUUUUUUUUUUUUUUUUUCAUGCUUCGUAAAAUCAAGGCUUCUGUUUUUUUUCUUCUCUUGUUUGUUAAUUUACUGUUUGAUCCAAGACUAGUUCUCUAUCAUUUACAUCCAUAUGUUGAAUAAUUCUCGUAAGUUUUAUUCUGCUAUAACAGACCUUUGGGAAAUACAAAACCAAUUCGCAGUGAA